AUGUCUAACGACACUGAAGCAGCAAACUUUGUGGGAUCUGCAGGCUCGGCCCUCAGGGUCCACGCUGUGCCCUUGGGGCCGGGACAGGAGCUGCUGGGCUCCCUGCUGGCAUUCGUGGAGGAGAGAAACCUCAAAGCGGUGUUCAUCAUCACCUGCAUGGGCAGUGUAACCAAGGCAAUGCUCCGGCUGGCAAAUGCCACUGCGGGGAAUACCAAUGAGACCUACACCGUCCUCUCCUGCUACAGACCUACACCGUCCUCUCCUGCUACAGACCUACACCGUCCUCUCCUGCUACAGACCUACACCGUCCUCUCCUCCUUACAGACCUACACCGUCCUCUCCUCCUUACAGACCUACACCGUCCUCUCCUGCUACAGACCUACACCGUCCUCUACUGCUACAGACCUACACCGUCCUCUCCUGCUACAGACCUACACCGUCCUCUACUGCUACAGACCUACACCGUCCUCUACUGCCACAGACACCUACACCGUCCUCUCCUGCUACAGACCUACACCGUCCUCUCCUGCUACAGACCUACACCGUCCUCUCCUCCUUACAGACCUACACCGUCCUCUCCUGCUACAGACCUACACCGUCCUCUCCUGCUACAGACCUACACCGUCCUCUCCUGCUACAGACCUACACCGUCCUCUCCUGCUACAGACCUACACCGUCCUCUCCUCCUUACAGACCUACACCGUCCUCUCCUGCUACAGACCUACACCGUCCUCUCCUGCUACAGACCUACACCGUCCUCUCCUGCUACAGACCUACACCACCUACACCGUCCUCUCCUGCUACAGACCUACACCGUCCUCUCCUGCUACAGACCUACACCGUCCUCUCGUGCUUACAGACCUACACCGUCCUCUCCUGCUACAGACCUACACCGUCCUCUCCUGCUACAGACCUACACCGUCCUCUCCUGCUACAGACCUACACCGUCCUCUCCUGCUACAGACCUACACCGUCCUCUCGUGCUUACAGACCUACACCGUCCUCUCCUGCUACAGACCUACACCGUCCUCUCCUGCUACAGACCUACACCGUCCUCUCCUGCUACAGACCUACACCGUCCUCUCCUGCUACAGACCUACACCGUCCUCUCCUGCUACAGACCUACACCGUCCUCUCCUGCUACAGACCUACACCGUCCUCUCCUCCUUACAGACCUACACCGUCCUCUCCUGCUACAGACCUACACCGUCCUCUCCUGCUACAGACCUACACCGUCCUCUCCUGCUACAGACCUACACCGUCCUCUCCUGCUACAGACCUACACCGUCCUCUCCUGCUACAGACCUACACCGUCCUCUCCUGCUACAGACCUACACCGUCCUCUCCUCCUUACAGACCUACACCGUCCUCUCCUGCUACAGACCUACACCGUCCUCUCCUGCUACAGACCUACACCGUCCUCUCCUGCUACAGACCUACACCACCUACACCGUCCUCUCCUGCUACAGACCUACACCGUCCUCUCGUGCUUACAGACCUACACCGUCCUCUCCUGCUACAGACCUACACCGUCCUUUCCUGCAACAGACCUACACCGUCCUUUCCUCCUACAGACCUACACCGUCCUCUCCUCCUACAGACCUACACCGUCCUCUCCUCCUACAGACCUACACCGUCCUCUCCUCCUACAGACCUACACCGUCCUCUCCUGCUACAGACCUACACCGUCCUUUCCUGCAACAGACCUACACCGUCCUCUCCUCCUACAGACCUACACCGUCCUCUCCUGCUACAGACCUACACCGUCCUCUCCUGCUACAGACCUACACCGUCCUUUCCUGCAACAGACCUACACCGUCCUCUCCUCCUACAGACCUACACCGUCCUCUCCUCCUACAGACCUACACCGUCCUCUCCUGCUACAGACCUACACCGUCCUUUCCUGCAACAGACCUACACCGUCCUUUCCUCCUACAGACCUACACCGUCCUCUCCUCCUACAGACCUACACCGUCCUCUCCUGCUACAGACCUACACCGUCCUCUCCUGCUACAGACCUACACCGUCCUUUCCUGCAACAGACCUACACCGUCCUUUCCUGCAACAGACCUACACCGUCCUUUCCUGCAACAGACCUACACCGUCCUCUCCUGCUACAGACCUACACCGUCCUCUCCUGCUACAGACCUACACCGUCCUUUCCUGCAACAGACCUACACCGUCCUUUCCUGCAACAGACCUACACCGUCCUUUCCUGCAACAGACCUACACCGUCCUCUUCUCCUACAGACCUACACCGUCCUCUCCUGCUACAGACCUACACCGUCCUCUCCUGCUACAGACCUACACCGUCCUUUCCUGCAACAGACCUACACCGUCCUCUCCUCCUACAGACCUACACCGUCCUCUCCUCCUACAGACCUAUAG